AUGUCUGCUACAAUCAAAGCUGAAGCGCCGCAUGCGCACGCAGAAGGCGAAGAGCCGGAGGGAAAAACCCUGUCGUGCCCACCAGUAAAACGCCUCACGAUCUCGUCGAGUCCAACGUGUCACGAAAUUCUGCAAAGUGUCACAUCGGAUGAUCACCGCCGCCCUGUUCGACGUGCAUCUUCCAGCCAUUCCAAAGCAAGGAGACGAGGAGGCGAUUCGGGAGAGGGAGAGAGCGCUUCUUCGACAUCGAUCCAUGCAGCCACUGAUAGCAUCCCUUCGUCGCUGUAG